CAAUGCGUUUGUGUGGGUCUGUGUUAUUAGUGUCAGCUACCGAAAUAUCUGGAGUUUUGCGUCUGUGCUUCCUUGAUUGUCUGAUGAAGGUUUAGGGAUCUUAGUUAAAAGGUAGCAUGCUUUGGAAAAGGAAGAUGGUUCUCCUGGGGAAAGUGACAGGAAAUUUCACUGGUUCCUAUCCUCCCCUGUUCUGUUAGAUACUGGCUUCUAGGAAGAUUACCAAAACUUAAAGAGUAACUCUGGGGGGGAGAAUGAAGGAACGUCACCUACACAUUUUCAGGGCCUCGGAAGCCUCUAGGCUCCUGCGACAGAUCAGAUCCGAAGAGGAAUCACUGUGGUGAGGGCUGGGCUUUCUUAAUUCUUAUGGCCUCAUCACUGUUGUCUCCCCUGCAUCCACCUGCCUUACUUAUAUCUCCACUGGCUGCUCCACUGAUAUAUGAACUUGUACCAGAUGAAUUGCGAACUUCUAGCCACGUGUAGUGCCCUUGGGUACUUGGAGGGAGACACUUACCACAAGGAACCAGAUUGCAUAGAGAGUGUGAAGGACCUGAUCCGCUACUUGAGGCAUGAGGAUGAGACGCGAGAUGUGCGGCAGCAGCUGGGGGCAGCCCAGAUCUUGCAGAGUGACCUUCUUCCCAUCCUUACCCAGCACCACCGGGACAAGCCUCUCUUUGAUGCUGUUAUCAGGCUGAUGGUGAACUUGACCCAGCCAGCCUUGCUCUGUUUUGGUAGUGUGCCCAAGGAGCCUAACUUCCGGCACCAUUUUCUACAGGUGCUCGUUUACUUGCAGGCCUACAAAGAGGCUUUUGCCAGUGAGAAGGCUUUUGGGGUCCUCAGUGAAACCUUGUAUGAGCUGCUACAGCUGGGCUGGGAAGAACGGCAGGAGGAAGACAACUUGCUGAUAGAGCGGAUCCUGCUCCUGGUCAGAAAUAUUCUCCAUGUCCCAGCCGACCUUGAUCAGGAGAAGAGGAUCGAUGACGAUGCCAGCGUCCAUGACCAGCUUCUCUGGGCAAUUCACCUCAGUGGCCUGGACGACCUCCUCCUCUUCCUGGCCAGCUCGCCCACUGAGCAGCAGUGGAGCCUACAUGUUCUCGAGAUCAUCUCCCUUAUGUUUCGUGACCAGAACCCGGAGCAGCUGGCAAGAGUAGGACAGGGGCGCUUAGCGCAGGAGCGGAGCACAGAUGUGGCCGAGCUGGAGGUGCUGCGCCAGCGAGAGGUGGCGGAGAAGAAGAGUCGAGCCCUUCAGCGAGGCAACAGGCAUUCUCGAUUUGGGGGUUCUUACAUUGUUCAGGGGUUGAAAUCUAUUGGAGAGAGGGACCUCAUCUUCCACAAAGGCCUCCACAAUCUCCGAAACUACAGUUCAGACUUGGGAAAGCAGCCACGAAGGGUGCCUAAACGUCGCCAGGCUGCCCGGGAGCUGUCCAUUCAGCGCCGCUCUGCCCUCAAUGUGAGACUCUUCCUCAGAGACUUCUGCUCUGAGUUCCUGGAGAACUGUUACAACCGGCUCAUGGGCUUCGUGAAGGAUAACCUGCUUCGGGAGAAAGCUCAACAGCAUGAUGAGACCUAUUACAUGUGGGCCUUGGCUUUCUUCAUGGCCUUCAACCGGGCUGCCUCCUUCCAGCCAGGCCUGGUCUCUGAGACCCUCAGUGUCCGUACCUUCCACUUCAUUGAGCAGAACCUCACUAACUACUAUGAGAUGAUGCUGACUGACCGCAGGGAAGCUGCCUCCUGGGCACGCCGGAUGCACCUGGCUCUGAAGGCCUAUCAGGAGCUGCUGGCCACAGUAAAUGAGAUGGACAUGUCGCCAGAUGAGGCUGUGCGGGAGAGCAGCCGCAUCAUCAAAAACAACAUUUUCUAUGUGAUGGAGUAUCGAGAACUGUUCUUGGCACUCUUUCGAAAGUUUGAUGAGAGAUACCAGCCCCGCUCUUUCCUUGUUGACCUGGUGGAAACCACCCACCUCUUCCUCAGAAUGUUGGAACGGUUCUGUCGGAGCCGAGGGAACCUGGUGGUGCAGAAUAAACAAAAGAAGAAAAGAAAGAAGAAGAAGAAGCCCGUUGCUUCUGAUAAUGUCCCAUACAGCCCAGGGGACCUGGAGGCCCUGUGGCCAUCCCUGGCUGAGCAGCUGCAGUGCUGUGCCCAAGGUCCUGAGCUCAGUCUGGACUCCAUGGUUCCCUUUGAUGCGGCCUCAGAGGUGCCAGUGGAAGAGCAGCGGGCAGAAGCCAUGGUGCGGAUCCAAGACUGUCUGCUGGCUGGCCAGGCCCCACAGGCCCUGGCCCUCCUUAGGUCUGCCCGGGAGGUAUGGCCAGAAGGAGAUGUGUUUGGCUCUCAAGACAUUUCCCCAGAGGAGGAGAUCCAGCUGCUGAAACAAGUCCUCUGUGCCCCGUUUCCCAGACAGCAGGGGCCAGAGGAACGGGGGGCAGAGGAGGAAGAGGAAGAAGAGGAGGAGGAGGAGGAAUUACAAGUCGUCCAGGUGUCAGAGAAAGAAUUUAAUUUUCUGGACUACCUGAAACGCUUUGCCACCUCCACUGUCAUCCGAGCCUAUGUUCUGCUGCUGCGGAGCUACCAGCGGAAUAGUGCCCACACUAACCACUGCAUUGUCAAGAUGCUGCACCGACUGGCCCAUGACCUCAAAAUGGAAGCUCUUCUUUUCCAGCUCUCUCUCUUCUGCCUCUUUAAUCGUCUGCUAAGUGAUCCUGCCGCUGGGGCCUACAAAGAGCUGGUGACUUUUGCCAAAUACAUCCUGGGCAAGUUCUUUGCACUGGCUGCAGUCAACCAAAAAGCCUUUGUGGAGCUGCUGUUCUGGAAGAACACAUCUGUGGUUCGAGAGAUGACUGAGGGCUAUGGCUCCCUGGACGGCGGAUCUUCUAGUCGCAAACCUCCUGUGUGGAGCCCAGAGGAGGAGGCUCGGCUUCAGGAACUGUACCUUGCCCAUAAGGAUGUGGAAGGUCAGGAUGUGGUGGACACCAUCUUGGCACACCUGAAUAUGCCUCGGACACGUAAGCAGGUCAUCCACCAUUUGGUACGGCUAGGACUGGCUGACAGUGUCAAGGACUUUCAAAGGAAAGGAACCCGUAUCGUCCUGUGGACAGAAGAUCAGGAGCUGGAGCUGCAGCGGCUGUUUGAGGAGUUCCGGGACUCAGACGAUGUCCUGGGUCAUAUCAUGAAGAAUAUCACAGCCAAACGCUCCCGGGCCCGAAUAGUGGAUAAACUGCUGGCUCUGGGGCUGGUGGCUGAGCGGAGGGAGCUGUACAAGAAACGCCGGAAGAAGUUGGUGCCCUCGGGCCUGCCUAAUGGAGAGGAGUCCCUAGAAGAGUUUUGCCCAGAAGAUCUGGAAGAAGAGGAAGGCCUGCCAGAGGAAGAGAGUGAAGAGAAUGAAGAGAAAGAGGAGGGCUCAGAAGCAGAACAAACCCCCCAGGGGAACUCAGUUCUUUCAUCCGAAAACCUUGGGCAAAGCCUGCAUCAGGAAGGCUUUUCUGGUCCUCUCCUGUGGCUGCAGAACUGCCUGCUUCAGGUAGCAGGUGAUCGGGAAGAGGAUGGCUGUUCCCAGGCAGUUCCAUUGGUGCCGCUGUCAGAAGAAAAUGAGGAAGCAAUGGAAAAUGAACAGUUUCAGCAGCUGUUGCGCAAGCUAGGGGUUCGACCUCCUGCCUCUGGGCAGGAAACCUUCUGGCGAAUUCCAGCCAAGCUGAGUCCCAUCCAGCUCCGGAGGAUAGCAGCUUCUUUGAGUCAGCUGGAGAAAGAGGAAGAGCUUCAGCCAGGGCUGGACCCUAAUGCCCCUGGACAGCAAGGCGCUGAGGAAGAGCACCAAAAGGGACACCAAGCACAAGCCCUGAGGGCCCUCGUGUUAGCCCGAAAAAAGAAAGCAGUCAUUUCAGAUGCAGAGACUGCUGGUGGGAAAGAGCAGCUGAAAGUGGCACCCAAGAAGCGACAACUAUUGGACAGUGAUGAGGAGCAGGAGGGAGAUGAGGGCAGGAGCCAUGCACCAGAGCCGGGCACUCCAGGAAUCCAAAAGAAGAAACGAUUUCAGAUUGAGGAUGAAGAUGACAGCGACUAAAGAGCCAGAAGCUGUCCUGGCUGGUUUGGCUCAGUGGAUUGAGUGCUGGCCUGUGAACCAAAGGGUCACCAGUUCAGUUCUCAGUCAGGGCACAUGCUUGGGUUGCAGGCCAUGUCACCAGUAGGGGAUACACAAGAGGCAACCACACAGUGAUGUUUCUCUCCUUCUUUUUCUCCCUCCCUUUCCUUCUUUCUAAAAAUAAAUAAAUAAAAUAUUUUUAAAAUACUUUUUUUUAAAGAACCAGAAGCCAAAGGCUAGAGAUAGACCCACAUUUAGGUGGUGAGUUUAUACAAGAGUUGGAAAGGUCAUGAAGGACCAGAAGCUCCUCUCCCUGGGCAGUAUAGCCCUGGGCUUCCCGGGGAUUUAGGGUCCGGGAAGUUCAAACCAUGGUGUUUCGCUUCUCUGCAUUCACUUCUCCCAUUUUUGUCAAUAUGACUCAGUAGCUCUCUUACUGACUUCUUGGCACCAUUUCCUUGGGCUAUUAGCUCCUUUAGCAAAUGAAAGGAGUGAAUGAAAUAUAGAAGACAACUUGGGUCCUUCUCAGUGAAAUGUUCCUUUUGGCUGUCUGCUGAAGGCGGUCCUGGCACCAGUUGGGGAGCUUUGUGAUGUGAUGGGUAGGGAGCGUUGUACCAUUUGGGCAGCACCGAAUGCUCCCAUCCUCAUGUUCUCUCCGCUGGUCACCAACCCCCCCCCCACACACACACACCAGACUGAGCUCAGUUCCUGCAGUUGAUGUGGGGUUGGGAUGCAGUACUCCCCAGAUGAAGCAUGUGCUUGGUUUGUGUUUGGUAUUGAAAUCACCAUGUAAAAUUCAAAAGUUGCCAGUGUUGGUCUGACUUCCGAUCUGCCUAAGUACCCUGCUGUGUUCUCAGGUGGACUUUUAACUAUCAGGUUAAAACAGACCAUGAGCCUUCCCUUUUCUCUUGUUUUCCCUACAGAAGACACAGAAAAGUAUUCUCACCUCAAGAUUCUUUCUCUAGAAUAAGUCUUUGGGGUGACAGGAGUUUGCAGCAGGAAGAAACAGGAGCCGCGAAGGGAGAAAAAGCCAGUUGGUCUGCGCGGGGCAGGGCAGAGGGAAAGACAAAGUCUAGGCAAGCAGGGUAAAUACCGUGAUUAUCAUUCCGGUCCCUGUCCUUGGAAACCAUCAGCUUUCUGGCCCUCUUGUGCUCCCAGCUAAGGUAAGGUAGGUGUGGGCUUCAGGAGACAGCCGUUCAGAUCAGGGAGAACCCAAGAUAAGGGAUGGGUCUAGACUUGUUUCUCUCACUUGGUUUUUUUUUUCUUCCGUAGCCUCUAACGAUAGAAUGAAUGUGUUUGGUUUGUGUCUGGUAUUGAAUUAAACAUGUGCACCCUACUGUAAACCAUGGACUUAGGUAAUAAUAGUUAAUAAUACAUAAUACUCAAAUAAUAAAAUUUUAAGAUAAUUGUAACUAAUAUACCACACCAACAUAAGAUGUAAUGGGGGAAACUGAGGGAUUGAUGAAGGGAAUAUUUGGGGACAAUCUAUACUUUCUGCUCAGUUUUAUAAACCUAAAACUACUCUAAAAAAUAAAUGCCACUAAUUAAAAUAAAACCCAUAAACAAAACAGAAACAAACUCAUGGAUACAGGGAACAAACUGUUGGUUGCCAGAUAAGAGGGGGUUGAGGGGCUGGGAGACAAAGGUGAAGGGAUUAAGGGGUACAAAUUGGCAGACAGAAUAGUCACAAGGUGUAAAGUACAGCAUGGGGAACACAGCAAUACACCUACAUAUGCUGCCAGUUGGGUACUAGACUUAACCGGGGCAUCACUUCGUACAUUACAUAAAUGUCUAACCACUAUGCUGUACCACCAAGACUAAUCUAAUAUCAAUGUCAAUGGUAAUUGAAAAAAUAAAACCCCUAAAAGAUCCAACACCCAAGAAGUGACAACUAAUGUGAAUUGAUGAGGAACAGGUGGAAGAUGAGGGUGGGGCAAAAAUGGGCCGUUUAAGUGAGGGGACAUGCAUUUGUCUUCAGGCCUCCGUCAUUCUCAGCCUUGGAGACAAACCCCACCAUUUUCCCGUCCCCCUACCGUAGUUACACAGUCUUCCUUGUCAUUUCCAAUGCACCCGAGUUGGAAAUUGAAGGAAUUUCAACAAGGCAUUUUUGUAUGGAGGAUAAGGACAUUAAGAACUGGAGAUGGAGAUGGGCCCAGUUGUGCAUGGUGGACUCAAGUCAGAAGUGGGAGAAUGUGAAGGAUCCAGGAAUUUCAGGCAACAAUGUGAGAUGCCUCUGCAUCCAGUUCUUCCUCCUGAUUUUUUUAAUAUAAAAUUUUCUUAAAGUUGUCAAAUUAGUCUGAUUUGGAUUUUUUAAAUGUUUCUGAGCUAGCAUUUUCUAUAAGAAUAAUUCUGCCCUGGCUGGUGUGGCUCAGUGGAUUCAGUGCAGGCCUGUGAAACAAAGGAUCGAUGUUCAAUUCCCAGUCAGGGCGCAUG